UCCGGAUAGCGUCAGUUUUAUUUUCACCUGGAUUUAACUCAGGCGAACCCAGUGUAGAGAAGCUUUGCUUCGUGGUGUCUCCGUGGAUUAGUAAGCUAGGUUACGUCGGUAAUGAGUUAGAUAAGGGCACAGGAUACCCGCCCCACUGGCCUCUGCAUAGAAGUAACGAAAAAACAGACAUGGGGUCAAAGCGACAAGGAUUCGUUUUUAGGUCGGUAGCAGUUUUCGGCAUAUCGUGUCUUUUAUUCAUCACUUCGCUGGUAUCGUGUCGCCCUCAGACCCAGGACUUGUUUUACAAGCCAGGGAAAUGCCCCAACACAACGGGAAUCAUAGGCCUAUGUAUGAGGAGUGAGUACAACUGCAACUCGGAUGACGAAUGCUUAGGGCACCAAAAAUGCUGCCCUUACGGGUGUCUGAGGGAGUGCUCAAUGCCGGGAGACAAAAUAGUGUACUGCCCCGACUGGUGCAGUAACAAAGAGGACUACAUGUGUGGGGACGAUGGAAAGACGUACCUCAACCCUUGCCAUCUUCAGUAUGCCGUUUGCACAGAAAAUCCUGCGCUGACUAAGGCCUAUUCCGGAGCCUGCAGAGGUUGACUUUCUUCUUCUGCUAAAGCUCUUCGUUAACUUCUGUUAUCUCUGUUGCUUACACACACACACACACACACACAUCACGUGAAUAACUUGAUCACGAAACAUGAGACGUGAUGCUAUUGUAUAAAUAAAAGUAAUCCCACGGAGGAAAGUGAAAAACGAGAACUGCCUGAGAUCUUUAGGCCUUAACGACCCUUUACUAAAGUCUUGCCUUUAGUAAUGGGUCGUUACGACCGAAAUAUCUUAUUUUCACUUUCCUCCGUGGCAUCACCUUUAUUUAUAUAACUACGCGUGUAAAUAAGCGUAUGGGUGGCCACCUAUUUAAAUGCUGAUAGAGUAUAUUUUGAUAUUAAAUCCUAUUGACGUUCUUGUGUAUUGUUACAGUAAUUGCAAUAAACAUUGGUGAGAAGUCUUAUGCUUACUAUAUUGUCUAUUGUAAAAAUAAAUAAAAAGAAUUGAAAGUAU